AAGCUUUUGUUUUAAAACACAGUAGAAACCUGUAGUUUUCCUGCAUUUAUUUCACUUAUUUUGUUGAGAAGCUGUUAAUCAGGUUUUCUUGUGCUUUGAAAGUUCAAACACUUUAAACCAAUAGCAAAACAGCUGAAGAUGACGUGACGUAAACUGUUAAGCCAAUCAAAGCCGACCACCCCGCCGCCAGGCUCUUUAUAAGGAAGCCAUUUCUCCAUUGCACUCAUAGCUUCCAGCUAACCGAAAACAAACAAUGGCAAGAACCAAGCAGACGGCUCGCAAGUCCACCGGAGGUAAAGCUCCUAGGAAGCAGCUCGCAACUAAAGCUGCCCGUAAGAGCGCCCCGGCCACCGGCGGAGUAAAGAAACCUCACCGUUAUAGGCCCGGCACCGUGGCUCUGAGAGAGAUUCGCCGGUACCAGAAGUCUACCGAGCUCCUCAUCCGUAAACUGCCCUUCCAGCGUUUAGUCCGUGAGAUCGCUCAGGACUUCAAGACCGACCUCCGCUUCCAGAGUUCCGCCGUCAUGGCACUGCAAGAAGCUAGCGAGGCUUACUUGGUCGGUCUCUUCGAGGACACCAACCUGUGCGCUAUUCACGCUAAGAGGGUCACGAUCAUGCCCAAAGACAUCCAGCUGGCUCGUCGCAUCCGCGGAGAGAGGGCUUAGAUUUAACCAGACAUACCAACCCAACGGCUCUUUUAAGAGCCACCAACAUUGGAAAGGAGCAAAAUAUCCGACAAAAUGCGUCGUACAGUUGACAUUAUAAUUUGCAAUGUAUUUUGACGUACCAUGGACUUAAACGUUAGCUUGUGAAUUUGACAGAAAUGCUUUAUAGUGUUCGGAGAUAACCGGCUCAGCACUUCAUUACUGCCAAAUUUACAGUAAAGAUAUUCAUCACGAAGCAGUGCCACAUAACUUCUGAAGCGACAUUUUUUGAUCAACUUUAAAUUAAGAAUUUACGAUAUCUUGUGUCUAUUAAAUUAGUGUUUCCUAAAUCUU